AUGCCCAAAUCAACUGACAGUGAAGGAAGUACUCCAUUAUCAAUUGUGCCUGUCAGCACCACGCCGGUGGCCACUUCUGAGGCUAGUACCCUUUCAACAACUCCUGUUGACACCAGCACACCUGUGAGCAUUUCUACUGAAGCAAGUUCUUCUCCUACAAGUGCUGAAAGUUCCAGCAUGCCAACCUCAACUCCUAGUGAAGGAAGCACUCAAUUAACAAUUAUGCCUGUCAGCACCACGCUGGUGGCCAGUUCUGAGGCUAGUACCCUUUCGACAAAUCCUCUUGACACCAGCACACCUGGGAACACUUUCAGUGAAGCCAGUUCAUCUCCUACAGCUGCUGACGGUACCAGCAUGCCAACCUCAACUCCUAGUGAAGAAAGCACUCCAUUAACAAGUCUGGUGAUCAGCAACACGCCGGUUGCCAGUUCUGAGGCUGGCACCCUUUCAACAAUUCCUGUUGAUACCAGCACACCAGUGACCACUUCUACUGAAGCUCCCAGUUCACCUCGUACAACUGUUGAAAGUACCAGCAUACCAAUCUCAACUCCUAGUGAAGGAAGCACUCCAUUAACAAGUAUGCCAGUCAGCACCACACCGGUGGCCAGUUCUGAGGCUACCACCCUUUCAACAUCUCCUGCUGACUCAAACAUUGCUGUGACCACUUCUAGUCAAGUCAGUUCUUCUAGUACAAUUGCUAAAUCUACUAGCAUGCCAACCUCAAUUCCUAGUGAAGGAAGCACUCCAUUGACAAGUAUGCCUCUCAACACCACGCCAGUGGCCAGUUCUGAGGCUAGCACCCUUUCAACAACCUCUGUUGACAAGAGCAAACCUGUCAUCACUGCUACUGAAGCCACUUCACCUCCUACAAUUGCUGAAGGUACCAGCAGGCCAACCUCACCUCUCAGUGAAGGAAGCACUCCAUUCACAAGUAUACCUGUCAGCACCACACUGCAGGCCAGUUCUGAGGCUAGCACCCUUUCAACAACUCCUGUUGACACCAGCUCACCAGUGACCACUUCAACUGUAGCCAGUUCAUCUCCUAGAACUUCUGAAGGUACCAGCAUGCCAACCUCAACUCCUCGUGAAGGAAGCACUCCAUUAACAAGUAUGACAGUGGGCACCACGCAGGUGGCCAGUUCUGAGGCUAGCACCCUUUCAACAACUCCUGUUGACACCAGCACACCCUUGAGCACUUCAACUGUAGCCAGUUCAUCUCCUACAACUGCUGAAGGCACGAGCAUGCCAACCUCAACUCCUAGUCAAGGAAGCACUCCAUUAUCAAGUAUGACAGUGGGCACCACGCAGGUGGCCAGUUCUGAGGCUAGCACCUUUUCAACAACUCCUGUUGACUCCAGCACCCCUGUGAUCACUUCUACUGAAGCCAGUUCAUCUGCUACAACUGGCAAAGUUACCAGCAUGCCAACCUCACCUCCUAGUGAAGCAAGCACCCCAUUAACAAGUAUGCCUGUCAGCACCACGCCACUGUCCAUUUCUGAGGCUAGUAACCUUUCAGCAACUCCUGUUGUCACUGGCACAACUGUGAUCAUUUCUACUCAAGCCAGUUCAGCUACAACUGCUGAAGGUACCAGCAUGAAAACCUCACCUCCCAUUGAAGGAAGCACUCCAGGAACAAUUAUGCCUGUCAGCACCAUGCUGCCUGCCAGUUCUGAGGCCAGCACCCAUGAAACAACUGCUGUUGACAGCAGCAUACCUGUGACCAUUUCUACUGCAGCCACUUCGUCUCGUACAAGUGCUGAGGGUACCAGCAUGUCAACCUCAACUCUUAGUCCAGGAAGCACUCCAGUAACAAUUAUGACAUUAGGCACCACACCGGUGGCCAGUUCUGAGGCUACCACCUUUUCAACAACUCCUGUUGACUCCAGCAUUGCUGUGACCAUUUCUAGUCAACACACCGUUGACUACUUCAACUGUAGCCAGUUCAUCUCCUACAACUGCUGA